UAAGGGACUAAAAUUAUAAUUUUCAAACUAAAGAGAUAAAUUCAUUAAUUUCGAAACUAGUCUAUUUUAACCGACAAAUAAAAAGCGAAAAUAAAAGAAAACUCGUGAGGCUGAAAAAAAGAGAAACGGAAGUAGGGAGAGAAUUCAGAGAUGUCAUCGCACGGGAACGACCCACGUCAGCCAUCGGCGGCGAAGCCAUACGUGGCUCCGGUGAUUGCUCCACAAGACCUUCCGAUCGACUAUGCUGGUUUCAUCGCCGUCAUAUUCGGCGUCGCAGGCGUCAUGUUUAGGUACAAGCUGAGUUCGUGGUUGGCUCUUAUAUUCUGUGCGCAAUCGAUUGCUAACAUGAGGAAUGUUGAAAACGAUCUCAAACAAGUUAUGAUGGCUAUGAUGUUUUCUAUAAUGGGAUUGAUAACAAACUACUUUGGACCCCCUAGACCCGGUGGCAAGCAAAGCUGAUCUCAAGUUCUUGAGGUGAAAAUGACCUUUACGUGGAGUCUUUUCAGGAAUCGACCAACAAGCAAAAAAGAAAUUUAGAGUAAUUUAGUGUUUCUGUUUUCUUUCUUUAUGUGGCUUUUUAGUUCCCUUUAUUGAUUAUGCUUACGAAGAAUGGAUUAUCUGUCAAUUUCGACAAUUGGAUGUUUAAAACUUUGAAGAGUAAAGAUAGAAUAGUUAGGAUUCUGAGUAGAGCUAUAAGAUUAAUAAUGCAUUUGCCCAUA